CUCCGUCCCCUGCGUGUCGUGGUUGAGACGGGAAAUCCGAUAACGCCGCACAGCACAAAUCCUGGAGGGACCAAAUCUGACGCACCUGCCCUGUCCUGCCCCGCCCCGUUGUUUCCCUCGAUCCAUCGGAGCCCCUCUCCUCACUCAGAUCCCCAAUCCUUUGGAUUUCAUCGCAUUCCAUCCACGAAUCUAUCUGCUUUUGAUUCCUGUGACGGACGGGGCCAGGCGUGACUUCAGGGGUGGAUUGGAUUCUGACAUGGUUUAAGGAUUUUGAUUGUAAUGAGGUCGAAGAAAAAGUCUCGCUCCUCCUCCAGAAGCUCUCGCUCUAGCCGCAUGACGAUCGCAGAACUUCGCACAAAGCAUCAACAAGAAUUAGAGAAUCUGACCCUGACCUCACAACCAUUCAAGACACUAAAACUUUUUACUUUUGCAACUGUCCAAUAUCUUACACGUUCAAUUGCGUAUAUUUUAUCGCAUGGCUGGCUCAAGUUGUUGAGUGCCAUUGUUGGGAUUGCUGGAGUACUGCUUGUGACGGUUGAUGGUUUUCAUAAUCAGCAUGUCGAGGAAGUUCUAAGAUAUGCCCAGUAUGGACUAUGGUGGAUAACGCUUGGUGUUGCAUCUUCAAUUGGACUAGGGUCUGGAUUGCACACUUUCGUUCUAUACCUGGGACCUCAUAUUGCAUUCUUUACUAUAAAAGCAGUGCAAUGUGGUCGUGUAGACCUGAAAAGUGCUCUAUACGAUACAAUACAAUUAAAAAGAAGUCCGUCUUGGCUUGACAAGGGCUGUGCUGAAUUUGGGCCGCCAUUGUUUGAACCCUCUCAGGGUGUUCGCAUUCCCCUUAGUAGCAUAUUACCUUAUGUUCAGUUAGAAGCUGUAUUGUGGGGUAUCGGGACUGCACUUGGCGAACUUCCUCCUUAUUUUAUUUCAAGGGCAGCAAGCUUAUCUGGUGGCAAAAUGAACGCCAUGGAAGACUUAGAUGCUUCCUCGGCAGAAGAGACUGGAUUCAUAUCAGCUCGCUUAAAUCAGAUUAAGCUCUGGUUUCUGUCACGUGCACAAUAUCUGAAUUUCUUCUCCAUUCUACUUCUUGCAUCGGUACCUAAUCCUUUAUUCGAUCUUGCUGGAAUAAUGUGCGGGCAAUUUGGAAUUCCAUUUUGGGAGUUCUUUCUAGCAACUAUGAUCGGCAAAGCACUAAUCAAGACUCACAUACAGACGGUGUUCAUAAUUUCGGUGUGCAACAAUCAACUUCUUCACUGGAUUGAAAACGAACUCAUUUGGGUUCUUGGAUUUAUCCCGGGAUUUAACUCUAUCUUACCCAACCUUAUUUCCAAGCUUCAUGCACUAAGAAACAAGUACAUGACCACAAAACCCAAUGCCCCGGUGGAUCUUAAGGUAAAAAAGUGGGAUUUCUCGGUGGCAUUCAUUUGGAACACCAUAGUUUGGAUCAUGUUGAUGAACUUUUUCGUCAAGAUUGUCAAUGCAACCGCGCAACAACAACUAAAGAAACAGCAGGAUCAUGAGAUUGCUUUGUUGAAGAAUAAAGCGUCGAAGGGAUCUGACGAAUCUGAUACCUCUUCCAGGUGAACUUGCUCCUCCCUUAUUCUUAGUUUAGAUUAUCUUUUAGAUAUUAUUACUGCUAGUAAAAAAAAAAAAAAAAAAAAAAUUGAAAA